CUGACUGAGGCACAAAUGAAGCACAUCACAAUAAAGCUGUCAGUGUAUGAAAUCAUGUCAGUGACUUAAACACGUUUGAAAAAGGUGUGAGUCAAAGAAGAAGAAAAUAAUGAUUAACCACCACAACUCACACAUUAAACUGUCUAUUUUUGUGUAUGUCCUCCAAGCAUCUGGAAAAUGGCUGAUCCAAUCCACUUCACACUUGGCAGGUGAAUUUUUUCAUUCAUUUCAUUUGGACUGAAUGACCAAACAGACUCAUUACAGGGCUGUAACACAGCUUAAGCUUCAAACAUUAAACUUUAUUUGUCAGUAUAUUUUUACAUACACCAAAAUUCUCUUCUGAAUCCUGAAUCACAAUCUAAUUAGAUGUUCCCACCCCUAUUACAUUAUCUUCAUUAUGGUAAUGAGACAGGGGUGAUAAAAAUCAAGAAUGUGUCCAGUGCCUUGGUCAUCACCCACCAACGCUGAUGCCUCAACAAACUUGAGCUUUCAAAGGGUAAGGCAUUUUCAUCCAGAGAUCUAUUGCAAUUUUACAUUCGUGCAGGACAAAAUAUUUUAAAAUGAACAUAUUUUUCAUAUUUAAAUGAUUGUUACUUACUGAAAGCAAACUGAUUUGCAGGAUCCCGGAAACAUGGCACCAGAAGUCAGCGUCAGCCAAACUUAUGCUGACUUACAUCCGUGUCAUAAGAGAGCAAAUGUGUCUGACAUACUGACAAGCCCUCCUUCCACAGCAUGUAUUUUAUUAUACAUUUUCCUUGGCUCACUGGCUGUUGUCACAGUGUGUGGAAACCUUCUUGUCAUAAUCUCCAUCAUUUAUUUCAAACAGCUGCACACUCCUACAAACUCUCUCAUUCUCUCUCUGGCUGUGGCUGACCUGCUUGUUGGUGUUUUAGUUUUUCCUUUCAGCAUGGAAUUCACUGUGACCUUCUGUCUGUAUCAUAAUGAUUUAUUCUGUAAAAUACGAGACAGUUUUGAUGUAACUCUGAGCACAUGUUCCAUUUUGAAUUUAUGUUGUAUUUCCAUUGACAGAUAUUAUGCAGUGAGUCAGCCUCUGACAUAUGCAACUAAGAUGAAUGUUUGUGUUGUUGUGAUCAUGAUCCUGGUGAGCUGGGGCGUUUCUGUUCUUGUUGCACUUGGUUUUGUAAUUGCAGGAUUAAACCAUGAAAAAUGUGAAGAAAUGUGUUUUAUUGAUGCUCUAUUUGCAAACAUUUUGGGCCCAAUUUUAUCAUUGGUCCUCCCGCUGAUUAUAAUGCUCUGUAUCUACCUGAAGAUUUUCCUUGUUGCACAGAGACAGGCUUGCAGUAUCCAGAGCAUAAAGUCUGGAGCAGCUGUCAGUAAGAUGGAGAGAAAGGCCACAAAAACACUUGCAAUCGUUCUGGGAGUUUUUCUGAUGUGUUGGUCUCCUUUCUUUCUCUGUUUUACCUCUCAGCUUUUGAGUCAUGUGUCAGUGCCUGUUGUUGUAUUUGAAGCUCUGAACUGGCUUGCAUUGUCAAAUUCAAUGCUCAAUCCAUUUAUCUAUGCUUUCUUUUACAGCUGGUUCAGAUCGGCAUUCAGAAUGAUCAUUUCUGGAAAAAUAUUUCAAGGUGAUUUUGCCACUACAAAACUGCUUUGACAAAAUCUCUGGAGUACUGAAAUGGCCAUCUAUUUAGCCAUUGUUGAUAGAAAAAAAUCUCUUCAGUCUUUAACUGUGUAUCAUGUUCUUUAUGUUUUGUUUUUUAAAUAAUACUAUAAAUUAUAAGAUGAAAUAAAGAAAUAAAGGGAAGCGUUAUAACAUGCCGUCAGUUCAUGCAAUCUUGUAGAUGGCUCAACCACACUUUGUACAAAGUUACCUGUGUUCUGUGUGUGCUUGCAUUAGCUUUACUGGCACAAUUUUUAAUUUAAAAGAAUAUUUUGAAGUUCAUUUAUUUAACAUUAUUUAUUAAAUGUUCUUUCCCAUACAUCUUUAACUAUAUAGUAAAAACUAUUUGAACUCCAAUGAAAUAUACUUAAUUAGAUCAGUGUGAUUUUUUCAAAAACCUUGACAGACAGGAGGUGCAUGGCGUCGUCUCUGGGUCUCUGUGUCCAAAAACUGUGUAAACUGUCCCUUUAGUAUUUUGCUGAGACAACACCUGGUUCAGCAUUGGAAGCCAAGUCCUGUAUCUUGUGGUGGCCUCUGAAAGUGUCAUUCUACCUGUAGACCCGCUGAACCUUCUACAGAGCACUUUGACAAGAGGGAAGACCAUAGCUUUGUUUCUGGGCCUCUGUGUGCAAUGCCAUCUGUCCCUGCACAUGAUUGUGAGCUGCUUUUGACUGCUCCCCCUGUGCACAGAUCCAGUUGGUCCAUUGUACCAUUAAAAUCCUUGUCUUUGACUCCAAUCAGAAUGCCCACUGGCAAACCAUGACAAUUGAUCAGCAUUAGCAUUCUGCUUCCCAGCCUGAUACUGAAACUUAAAAUGUAACAGGUUCAGCUCUGACACCCAUUUCUGCUCCAAUGCUUUCAACUUUGCUGUUGUUGGACGAUUCGGGAGAUUAUUGUUCGUAAAGAUCGGGGUAUAAUUCGUGGGUGUUUUUUCAAAACCUUUAACAAACAUAAUGCUUGAAUAUAGAGUUAUGACUAUCACGCCUUGUAUCUGUCUGAAGAUUUUUCUUGUUGCACAGAGACAGGCUCACAGCAUCCAGAGCAUAAAGUCUGGAGCAGCUUUCAGCUUUUGAGUCAUGUGUCAGUGUCUGUUGCUGUCUUUGAAACUUCGAACUGGCUUGAAUUCCCAAGUUUUUUUUGCUCAGUCUGUUUAUGCUUUCUUGUACAGCUGGUUCAGAUCGGCAUUCAGAAUGAUCAUUUCUGGAAAAAUAUUUCAAAGUGAUAUAACCAACCCAAAACUUUUUUGUUAAAUUGUUUGGAGUGCUGAAAUAGUCAACUAAUGAGUCAUUAUUGAUAGAUUUUGGCACAAUCAAAAUUAAGCAGAGUCAUGGACUCUUCGGUCUGUAAAUGUGUAAUAGAAGCACAGUAUAAUGAGCUUUCAGUUUUUGCAAUCGUGUAAGCGACACACAUCUGUGCUUGUCCACGCUUUUACCGGCACUAUGAGGCUUACACUCAAAGUCAAAUAUUACCUACAACAUGGAUUAUCUUUAAGGUUAUAGCAAAAAUAAUAUUGUAUCACUUGAAAUGUACUGAAUGAGAUCAGUGGAUGUUUUUUUCAAAGACUGCAAGAAACACAUGAUGAUAGUGUAUCUCCCAGGAGCAGCAAACUGGCCUCAAACUCUCUGCUCCUGUUGAAAGGAAGACGCUGUCUGACUCUGUCCCAUUCCAAAUAAUUCUGAAUGUCUGUCUUUGUGUUGAUCCCACAAAUAGAGACUUAUUAUAAUAUUAUAAUAAAUUUCGCAAAUAUCAUUGUCAUUGUCAUUGUUCAUGAAAUCUUCAGGACUGUUGAUCCCAUUUACAUCACACUUUGAAAGUGUAUUGUUAGGGACCCAAGGGCACUCAGUAUUGACUUAGUUACCCUGAUGUCCAAAAACAUCCUCAACAGAACAAAAAUGGUGAGUAAA